GGCGCAGUUGUCAUGGCGAUGCGAUCAGCCCCGGCGUCUGCACGAGGGGUUGUUGCCAUGGAGAUUCCGGUCCGAGGUUCUCUAGCGGUGGUUGAGGAGGACGAUGGAGUAGGCGCACCGCCACCCGGGUCCGAGCCGGAGCAUCAUCAGCACCGCGGAGAGCGACAGCCGCGCGGACCGCUGUUCGAUCAGCGGAAGUAUUACAUGCUGGUGGUCAUCGGAGAGAUCUCCACCGACCAUCAACUCAACGCCGCUAGAGAUCACAUAGAGCGGGGGAUUCGCUCUUGGGACGUAGACCUCAACACCUGUGAUCUCCAACAGCAGCUUCUGCACUUUAUAACACGUCAUUCGGCUCACUUCUCUGCCGACGUCAGAGGGCAGAGGACCCUAUACCACAGAAGUGAUGUCCUAGAGACGGUUGUACUGGUCAACCCGUCAGAAGAGACGGUUACAUCAGAGAUCCAGUCUCUGGUCACAGACUCAGCAGGACAUAAGCUCCUGGUCCUGAGCGGCCAGAGCUCAGAUCACGGUGACCUUCUCCUUCAAACCGGGCUCUUCACCUACCAGACCUUUUCACAACUCCUUUCUGACCCUCGGGUCAGUGAUUUACUGGGCAGAGUAGCACCCAAGCAGCCGGCUACACUAACUGUGUCCAGCCGUGGGGAGGUGGGCUGGAGCUCCUUGGGACAACAGAAACAUCUCCAGGACUUUCUAGAAUACAGAGUGAACCCUGAGCCUGUGCUGCCCAAAAUGGAGGGCGUGUCCGAGUUCACAGAGUACAUCUCUGAGACUGUGGACGUCCCCUCACCGUUUGACCUCUUGGAGCCACCCACCUCUGGAGGGUUCCUGAAACUUUCCAAGCCAUGUUGUUACAUCUUUCCCGGAGGGAGGGGAGAUUCCGCCCUCUUUGCUGUGAAUGGAUUCAACAUAUUGGUGGACGGAGGCUCGGAUCGCAGAUCAUGCUUCUGGAAGCUCGUCCGUCACUUGGACCGCAUUGACUCGAUACUACUCACACACAUUGGAGCUGACAAUCUACCAGGCAUCAAUGGGCUCCUUCAGCGCAAAGUAGCAGAGAUGGAAGAGGAGCAGUCCCAAGGUUCCACCAAUUACAGUGAGUGGAUGAAGAACCUGAUCUCGCCAGAACUUGGCGUUGUGUUCUUCAAUGUACCAGAGAAGCUACGCAUGGCUGAAUCAAAUCUCAAGGUCAAGCGCAGCAUCGAAGAAGCCUCACUUACAUUACAAUAUCUGAAUAAACUGGGAGUGAAGGCAGAACCUCUUUGCAGAGUGGUCAGCAACACCAUUGAACCCAUCACCUUGUUCCACAAAAUGGGAGUGGGCAAGUUAGACAUGUAUGUUCUGAACCCUGUAAAAGAUAGUAAAGAGAUGCAGUUUCUAAUGCAGAAAUGGGCUGGUAACAGUAAGGCAAAGACUGGAAUCUUGCUCUCUAAUGGCAAAGAGGGGGAAAUAUCUGUGCCCUAUCUGACAUCAGUCACAGCCUUAGUUGUUUGGCUCCCUGCCAACCCAUCUGAAAAGAUUGUUAGGGUGCUCUUUCCUGGAAAUGCACCCCAAAACAAGAUUCUGGAAGGCCUAGAGAAAUUAAAGCACCUUGAUUUCCUGCGUUAUCCAGUAGCGACACAGAAGGACAUCGCUUCAGGGACUCCACCACCUGUCAUAAAACAGAGCAAGCUGAAGCAAAGAACAGACAGCAAAGAGAGUCUCAAAGCCUCUCCCAAAACCACUGCAAAACCCUCCAAGAAAGAAACUGAUGGAGAAGAUGAAGUUUCAGCUGCCGCAGAGGUGAAGACUGAUUCUGUAAAGGACAAUAAGGAAGAGAAAAAAGAGGAGAAAAAGCCCAAAACUUUGAAAUCAAAGUCUGAGGUACCAGAGAAGAAGAAGCUGUUAAGGGAGAAAUCCUUAAAGAGGCACUCAAAGGAAAGGACAUUGAAAAUGGAUGAAAAAAAGGACAAGGAAAAGAAAGAGAUCAAGAAAGUAAAAAAGGAUGACCCCCUGAAAAAAGAUGAAAAGAAGGAUGGAAAGAUUAAAGAUGCUAAGAAGAAAGACGCAUCUAAGCCCGAGCUGAGAAAGAUUACAAAGCCUGACCUGAAACCUCUAACACCAGAGGUAAGGAAGACCUUGCACAAAGCUAAAGUUUCAAGUAAAGCCAAGACUGGCAAAGUCAAAGCAACCAAGGCACAGCCUGCUGAACCUAAACCAGUGGAGAAACCAGUCGCAGAAACUGAACAGCCUACGACAAUACAGAAUGGAACUACUGAAGGCCUGUCUGCCUCAUCCAGCCCAGAAGAUCUUACCAAGGCUUUUGAAGAUCUAAAGCAAACAGGAACUGUAUCCUCAGAACAACUUGAAAUUGCUGAAGUUGCAGAGGAGCCAACAGCACAAGAAACCAAAUCGGAAAUUCUACCUAGCACCUUGUCUUCUGAAAAGGUAUUGGCCUCAGAAGUAAAGGCAGAGGCUGAUGCUGGAGUUGAAGAUAAACAAUCAAACCAAGUGAGAGAGGAAGAAUUAGAGGCUGAAAAGUUUGAGGAUGAAGGAGCAGCCAUUGAUGAUGAGGUGGAGGAUGAGGAGGAGGAAGAGGGAGAUUCCCCAACUGCUCAAAGGGAAGCAGCAGAGGAAGAGGAAGACAUGGGCAUAGGAGAAGAAGAAGAUGAUAGCCUUGAUAGGAAGCACGAAGUAGAAGAAAUGGAGAAAGCAAAGCUUUCUACUAUGUUGGAAAAAGAAGACUUCAAACUGGCUCAUUCCAAGGAGGAGGAAGAGGAGGCAGAAGAUGAAGCUAUUGAAAAGGCAGAGUUAGAGGAGGUAGAAGACUUGGAUGUAAUAGCAGACGAGGAGAUCAAGGACAAACCUGAAGAUACGGAAUUGGACCACAUCAGCCAGGUGGUUGAACAACACAAGGCAACCGAGUUUGGAGCUUCAGCCAAAGAGGAUGACGAUGAGGAAGGAUACCUGUCACAUGUUGAUGGAGCCACAGCUCCGAUAACCUCAGUGGCUCAAGAGGCUGGUGUCGCUGCUGCCUACAUUCAAGAUGAUAAUAUUCCUGCUGCAGAACCUAUUUCCUACAUUCAAGAUGAGACUAUUCCUGGGUACUCUGAGACAGAGCAGACCAUCUCUGAUGAGGAGAUUCAUGAGGAGGCAGAGGACAGAAUACCACACCUUCAGUAUGAUGUUGGUACCUAUGACAUCUCUGUUCCAGACCAGACUGGCUCCUUUGUAAAUAUUCAUGGAAUGAAAGAGAUACAAGCCGCUGCCGUGUCAGAUAAAGGUUUUAUGCCUGGUAUACAGGAGCAGGUGUCUGCGUAUACCAACAUCAUUGCUGCUCCAUUGGCAGAAGAAGAGCAUGUGUCCUCUGCGACCUCCAUUACAGAGUAUGACAAAAUAUCCUCACUGCCAACCUCUAUUGCCGAAGACCUGGCGCCGGCCGUAGCACCACAAAUUGAAGAAAUAUGUAAAAGCUCUUUAGAAAUGGAUACUGUGAAAAGUGUUUCCCUUCCAAAACCGACUGAGGCAAACCAGGGAACCAGGGACGUCGCUGGGACUGUGUCACCAAUAUCCUCUUUGGAGGAUGACAAGUGCUCCAAGUCUCCAUCUGACGACGCAAACCGUGGUUUCUCUGGAGUAAGCACAGAUGCUAUAGUUACUGAAGCUCAUAGUGAGGAAGAAGAGGAUGAGGAGGAAGAAGACCAGACUCCCAACAUUGACAUGUCACUUGAAAAACUUCAAGAGAGCUAUGCCCGCCCACAACUAUUGAAGGACAAAGAACCACGCAUUGAACCCACCCGUGAUUUAAGUUCAAAACCGGUUGAUAGCAAACCUGUGCACCCACCAGUAGAAGAGGAAUGCGUGCAUUCAAUUGCUGCCAAGGAAGUUUCCUCUGUUGUGCCCACAAGGCCAUUUGGAUCAGGUUCUAUAACUUCAGAGAGUGAGGAGCGCUGCUUUAGUCCAGACGACAGCACUGUGAAGAUGGCUUCACCACCACACUCUGGCCCCCAAAGUCCAGCUCAUUCUCCACUACGCCACUCACCAGUCAGAUCCUUCCCUGAGCAAGAGUCGCAAACACAAGAACAUAUUCCUGAUGUUGUCGUCAAGGGUGAGGACCGUGCUGCAAAGAAAAAUGAUACAGACAUAGAAGUAAAGACACACACGGUAGAAAUAGAACAAGCAGGUCCAAAAAAGUCAGAAGGGUUGUCACCAACGCUAGAUAAAUCAUUUGAGGUCUCCAAAGAGGUUGCAGAGCCAGAGAAAACAAUUUCCCAAUUGUCAAAAGGAAAAGACAAUCUUGAAGAGAAAAUUCAUCCUACUGCUGCAGCAAUAACAGAGAAAGCUGAUGCAACCCUGUUAGUAAAGGAUUCUACCACUGAAGUGCUUCUGAGUGAACAACUGCCCACACAAAGUGAGAUUGAAACGGAAAGAGAACCUCACCACAUUGGACCUAUAGUGCCUGUUCCAGGUCAACCUCCAGUUGCUGAUGAUAAGCAUCAUGGUGAAGAGGAUGCUCAAUCUGUCAUAAAGGUCAUUCAUGAAGAACAAGAGAAAAAGAUAGCCGAUCAUAAAACAUGCAAUGUCGAGGAAAUUGAGGAUGACAAAAAACAGACACAUAUCAUACCCGAAGAGAGUUUUGAGAUCAAACCGAUUAAAGAUGAGAGGAAAGAAAAAGAUUUAGAAGUCAUUGGGCUUGCCAAAGAAGCACAAAAGGAACAGGAUGAUUGUUUGGAUGUUGAACCCAUUAAAACUGGGAUUGAUAUUGAAAAGGCUGGGAUUGAAAAGGAGCCUAAUGCUGAGACGACAUGUCUCAAAGAUGAGGUACAGGAGAGAGAUACAAAAGAAGACAAUGUGUCUGAUAUUCAACACAUCGAAGAGAGAGAGGACAAAAAAGAAGCAGAUAGGGAUGCUAAUUCAAAUGUUCAACCCAUCGAAGAUAAAAAUUGGAUGGAAAAAGACCAAACACCUCAUCUUAAACCAGUUCAAGAGGAGCUCAAGGAGAAAGAAACAGACUUUAAACCUGCUGCUGUACCAGUCAUAGAGGAGAAGAAAAAGGAGGCAGCCAUCACUGACACGCCUGAUAUUAAACCGAUCAACAAUAUGGAGGGAAAGCAGAUGGAAAAGGAUGCAGAAACAUUUGACAACCAGGAGGAAGACAAAGCGAUGAAAUUAGGUGAUACAUUGGAUGUUGCCCUUUCCACAGAGGUUCCCCUUUCCAAGGAGGAUGAAACAUCCAACAAAACAAACAUAACAGAGGAAAGAAAGGAAAAUAAGGAUGAGGCCUCUGAUGUCAAACUAACAACUGACGAUAAGAAGGACCAGGAAAAGGAUGAAGAUGAUACUUCUACCAUCAAACCUACACUCAUACCCGACACUUUAGUUGCAGCCAAAGAGGAAAGCCUUUCCUCGAAAUCAGUCAUCAUUGAGGAAAGCAGUAAAGAUAAGUCUUCUACUGUUAAAUUGGUCACAGAAGAAAAGGACCAAGGAAUUGAUACUUCUACAAUUAUUUCUACAGAAAAGGAUGGGCAGGAUUUCAGCAAGAGUGAUAGCUGUGCUGCUGAACCAGCCAUAGUCGAACAAAAACUGGUCAUGGAUGAUGAUAUUCUUAUUAAACCAUCUACACAAGAGGACAAAGAUCAAGAGAAUAGUAAAACGGAUAGUGCUCCAGUCAAACCUCCAGAGAUGGUUGAGGGUUUCAAUCUGAAUGUGGAUACAACUUGUGGCUUCAAAUCACCUACCAUGGAUUCCAAACAGGAAUUUAGAGAUGAGAGCAUUACUGAUGCUACCACUACUGUUAAACAUCCCUAUUUAACAGGAGAUGAUGAUGAAGCAAAUACAGAGGAUUCCAAUGCUACAACACCAUCCAAUGAAAACGUGCAAGGCAGUACUUCAGAUACAGAGCACACUAUUCAGCCAGAGAGUGAGAUAGAAACUAAGACAGAAGCCAUGUGUGUUGCUUCAGCUGUAGAAGGAGAAAAGGAGUCACCAAUGACUAGUAGGGAAACUUCCACAGUUAAACCAAUAAAGGAAGAAGGAAAGGACAUUUCACCAGACAUUUCAACAGUAUCCUCCAUCAAGGAGAAGGAAAGUAAAGAUGUUUUCUCUCAUAUCAUACUCAGCAAAGAGGAUGAGAAAGAUGCCAGUCCAGAUAAAGAGAAAACAGAUGUGAAACUGCUCAUAGAGGACAAAGACAUGGGAAAAGAAGCUCUGUCUCUUAAGGAUGAAGAAUUAAACAUAAAUAAAGUAGAUAGUUCUGAUAUCAAACCCAUAAUGCAGGAGGCCGUAGCAACACAACAGGAAGCCAUAGAGCUCAAAGAAAAAGAGGACGAAGAGGAGAGCACAGCAGAGUUAAAAACCAGUGACAUUUCUUCUAGUUCAACCACCGAAAAUGUUAAAGCUAUUAUCGAAGAAGUAGAAGAAAAACAUAUACAAAAGGAUGAGGGACAAGAGAGAGAAAUAUUUGCCCAAGCUACUAUUGUAACCGAUAAAAUUCUAGUAAAGCAGACAUCUGAUUCCACAGACGACGGUAAAGAGUCACAUUCAGGAGGAGAGGCAGGCCUUGAGAUGCAUUCUCCCUCUGAUAUUUCACAAACUGAGCUAAAAGACGCUGCACCCCAAUCUGAUGAGAAAAAGGAUUCAUGUGUCUCUGAAGAAAAGGGAGCUAAGGAGGAAAGACCUCUAAAGACUGAUUCUCUAGCCUCCACUCCAACAAAGUCAGAGGAAACAUUUGAAGAUACAGCUUCUGCAUUAACUCAGGGUCAGAAGAGAGAGGUAUAUGAAACUCAUGCUGCAGCCCACAGGAGCCACAAAGAAGAGGCUUUGCAAGAUAAGGAAGCAAAGGAUAUCACCACUGAGGAUGAACAGAAGGAACAAGAAAAAGACGAUACUCAUGUGGCUGAGCUGACUAAAGAACAAAAAAUGGAGAAAGAGCAUGAAAAGGAAUACACAUAUGAAGCAGAAGGUAGCAGAGUUACGAAAGAGGAUCCUAACAUAGAUGAAGGAGAAACAUCUGUUUGCCAAGGAAAAGAUAACAUUGCCUCUGAGGCUGCGGUGGACAUAGAAAAGUAUGACCCACAUGAAGUUGACUGCACCAAAGAGGAAAAGUGGGAGAAAGAAGAGGUACAAGAGAAGGACAAGACCAUUAAAUGUACAGCACCUGAUCAACCAGGGAUACUAUCCAAGCCUGCAUUCGUGGUCCAGUCUUCUGAUGAAGACAGAGAGGAUGAAGAGGAAGAAGUAAUUUGCAUGGGUGGGGCAGGUUCUAGACCUUUGUCAGUAGAGCAAAAACAAUCUGAGCAUGACAUCUCUGCUGAACCGCUCUCAUUUGAAACAUCACAGAAAGUGGCAAGUGAGAAAACGCACGACACCAUACCUUUAAAGACUGCAGUGACUAUACCUACACUGACAAUGCAGGAACCCUCUGUUGAUGAAGACAUCAAAGAGUUUGGGAAAGAGCUAAAAUAUGCACCAGAACCAAAUAAAGAUAUGGAGACUGAAGUUAGCCCUGCACCACUUACCAUGCAAGCAAGUGUGGUUACAUUAGAAGAGGAACCCACCUCAAGCGUGGUAAUUUCAAGACAAGAAGAGGAUUGUUCUGUCCCUAGCUCUAAAGAUAUACCAAUAACAGACUCCCAAUCGACAGAAAGCAGGCCCAUUCCAUCAGCAUUAUCAAGCACUGACAGCCAACCCAAGAACUUAGCACUUAUUACCACUGAAAGCAAAGUCAAUAAGGAUAAGCAUCCCCAAACUGAGAACCAAGCUCGUGAUCAGAUUCCUGACAAAAAGCCAAAAGACGACUUUUCAAACGAGCACGAAAAACCAGUUAAGGAGGCAGAGAGGGAAAUGGAAGGAGAGCGAGAGGUUGCAUCUCCCGGAUUACCGCAACCUUGUUCUUAUUUUGUGUUGGAUAAAGAUUCUGAGAGUGUGACAGAUGUCCUUGAACAGGCAGGUGCGGUCGGAGCUGAGAGCAUUGAUAAAAUAAACCUAGGGACCGAAGGAGUAAGCGAGAGCCAACCAGUGGAAAAGCAAGAGUUCAGUGUCUCUAAGUAUGAUCCAUAUGAAAAGCCUGUCCUCAGAGACCAGGAUUCCAGGAGAGAAGGUGAUGUUUCCCCAAUUUUUGCUCCACCCUCUGACUUUGGCAUUGAUGACAACAGGAGAGCCAGCGAGGCAGAGUGCAGUAGAACCGUGUCCCUUCUUGAUGACCAAUGCAAAGACGAACCGCUGUCUUUCAGUAGGGUUGACUACAGCCCAGUGUCCCUUACGGAGAGCGAAAGAAGUAGCCACCACAGUCAGAGUGCCUCUCCAAUCUAUGAAGACAGAGAAAAAGGCCAAGAAGAAGAGAGUGAAAGAGAAGAAAGACCAGCCACACCUUUUGUUGAGAGGAGCUUCUCGCCAACAGAUAUUCAGGACAACAAAAUGGCCCAGGCUGCCGAGUAUCGCACCUGUGCCUUUAACCUCAAAGAGGACAAACCGGAGAAAUCUGAGAAAGAGAAGGAAGGGGGCGAGGAAAUCCCUGCUUCAGUCACCCAAACAAGUUCCGUUGGAGAGAGGGAAAGGGACAGUGUUUCUGUCAGUUUAGCAGAGCAAUCACUCAGAGAAGAAACAUCCUCAUCCUUAUGGGGCCAAUCCAGCCCUGGUCACCAAGUACCAACAGCCACCUUGCCUUUGGAAAAAUUCACUGAGAAGGAAACAACAGAAAAAGGGAGGGAACAUGCAACUGCAGAGUCAUCAAAAGAGAAAAAUAAAUCAUCGGAUACUGAAGAAGAAGGAUCUCCUUCAGGCCGAUACUCUCCAGCAGAGAAAGACAUUUUACCUCAGCGAAUAUCACCGGGUGAGACAGAGGACACUGCAAGCUUUUCAAGUGUUGCUCCUGGUGCCUCUUUCAUGGGCCCUCAAAUAGAUGACAAUGUCCUCACAUCUGACCGGGGACAAGUUGGCACUUCUGGCAUGCAGGACUUUUCAGAGAGGAAAGAAAGGUUUGAUAGUGGCAUAGACAAGAGGUUGCUUGUGGAAGGAGAAGAUUUUGAUGAUGAUGAGGAGGAGGAUGAGGAGGACGAAGGGGAGGAAGAAGAAGAUGGAGAGGUUGCCAGUGAUGCAGAUAUCGAGAAAGGGGCUAAAGAGAAAUCCGAGAAAGAAAUUUGCAGGCUCGCUUCUGAUGAUGCUGACACAAAGAAAGAAGACUCAACUGGAGUAAUGCAGACUCAACGUAUCCCUUCAGCUGGGGAAACGGUCAGCAGUAAUGCAGCUGAGGAUGCCUCUACUUCCAGAGUUGUUGACACCAAUGAAUGCUUAGCUCCAAUUUUGGAAUUAUCUUCGAUGUCUUUAAAAAAUGAACCAUAUAUAACCACAGCUACUUCCAAACCUACUGAGACAAAGAAGGAAGAUAUGCAAAUAGAGACACCCACACCAGAACUCCAGACAGCAACUCAUGACCCCACCAUCUUAAAGCUUUCUGAAACCAUGAAAGACGAUAAAGACAAAGUAACUCCUUUAUCCCUAAGUACACUCAAAACUACAGCGGAAUCUACUGCUACAGAGCUUGCAAGUCAGAACAAAGAAGAUACAGACUUUCAGUGUGAUCCUCAGCCUGUCUCUUUCAAACAAGUGAGUACAGCUGAGGAUACUCUUGCCUCUCAAGUGCUUGAGUCAAAAUCAGCCAAGGAAUCUCAAUUACCAGAAGUAUGCUUCCUCACGAAAGAAGAACCCAGUGAGCCAAAGUCUGGAAGUGGUUUGACAACCAGCACUGUUCUAACAGACAGUAAAGAGUCGUCACCAAAGUCUCCAGUUAGUGCCUCCCCUGUUCUUCAAGAAAGCUAUGCUGUUCUUGGCCAGUGCAAACCAUCUGAUCAUUCCUACAGUAAAGAUCAUCAAGUUGAAGUGAAGGACAGAGAAGAAGCUAGGAAGCCCUCAGAGUCCCUCGUAUUGCAUUCAAGUGAGGAAAACCAGGGAGAUGAAGUCCAAAAGCUGUCACCGAGUUCAGAUGACAAUGCAGACAGAACAGAGACACACAGGGAAUCUGCCUCAUCCGCAAGCACUUUUACAACUAUAACUUACUCCUCUUCUACAUUCUCCUCUACAUCACAUAGUUACUCUUCAACAGCCGCCGCUUCUGUUUCUUCUAGUCGAAUCCUCGGUGAGGAGAUUACAUUAGAUAAGUCAAUGACAAGUUCUGGUCCUGAAGAGUCUGAUGCUACUUUAAUUAAGGAGGAGAUGCCUUCUGGUGAAGCCCAUAGAGAUGGGUACAUGGAAGUUGUUCAGAAGUCUCCUACAACUGCAUCCAGUGUUCCAGAGGGGUUGACUGCUUCCAAUGAGACAGAAUCAGUCAGCAAAGAGAGCACUGAUGCCUUAGAACCAAAAAUCAUAGCAUCUGUGCCACCUCUACAAAGUACUCAACCAGACAAACCACCGGGGGAUCUAUCUAUAUCAGGAGCCCUUGUUGAUGUUUCCCUGAUACAAAGGGCUGAAUCUCCGGACACAUUGUGCCUAGGUCCAUCCGCAAAAAUGGAAUCCCACGCAUCUGAAAUGGAAGUUGUAGCUCAACCCUGUCCUAUUGAAUGUCUAAAAACGACAGUGACUGGGCAAGAUUCACCGUUUUCUCCCACUGAAUCAUAUGCAAUAGAUGGAAUUACUACAGAGACAAAGACAGUCACUGUAACCUCUGCUACUAGUGUAGUUCCCCGAACUGAUGUGACUAUGUUAACCACUGAACAGACAACCACUGUAAGCCCCAAUGAACCAUAUUAUGGAGACAUCAAAACUCCAUGUGACACACAGGACCUGACCAAAACAAAUGAGGGACUGCAACCCCAGGCCCUCAUCGCAGAGCCUCAAGAAGGCUCAGGUUCAAGAGGGUCCGGCAUUGGACAGAUUCAACUCUUACAGGGGGCCACAGAGAAAGAUGAAGUCAAAGAAUACACCGAAAUUGAUCAGAAGCAAUGUGAACAUGUAUUAGAUGGCCAAACAAGUGAAUGUAGCAAAGUAGAGGACAGUAAAGAUACUGCUGACUCCAAAGCAGAAAGUUGCAGGAAAGAAGACCCGGAGGUUACCACGUUAGCCAUGCCACUUGAGAAGCUAGCCCUUAGGAGAAAAAGUAGCUUAUCUGACUGGGAGAUGCUGCAGAAGCCCGAAAGCUUCCCAACCGCCCCUCCUCCAGGUUAUGGGGACGACGACGAAGAGACACUGGAGCCAAUGGAGUGGAUGUCCACUCUACACAGCUCCUCUUCAUCUUCCACUAAGGUUGCACAACAAAUAGAGACAUCUGGCGCUGUGGGCAGUCAAUCUGACCGCCCCUCUGACCUGUUUGCGGGAGCACCAUCAUCCUCCUUCUCUCCUCCCGGAUCCUCCUCGUGUGAAUAUGCCCACCGAAAGGGGGAGCUCUCUCCCUCGUUCAUCAACCCCAACCUCCACCAGCUGUCCAGUGACGAAACUGAGGAGGACAAAAAAAGCGAUUGUUCCCAAGAGGGGGAUGAAGACGAUCGCGAGCAGCACUCUCUAAAAAGGCGAUCUCACAAGCAGAGGCGCCACCACGCUCAGACUCCCAGUGGAGAAACUGGACCGGGGACACACCCGUUGCCAGGCACCAUGUCGUCUGGGUUGGCCGCGACGCUAGCCGGGGAGGAAACGCCUCCGACCAGCGCGAGCGAAUCACUGCCCUCGCAGUCCGACUCAGACGUUCCCCCGGAGACAGAGGAGUGCCCGUCCAUCACGGCAGAGGGGAACUUGGACUCGGACGAGGACGCAGAACAUCUACCCGUGGACAAAACGUCCGCCUCCGGAGCUGGAGGGGGCCAUCAACCCCCUUCCCCUCGGUCGGCCCAGAAGACACAGGACCCUCUUCCUGCACCCAUGAAGGACCCCUCCCCGGACCCUCCACGUCCAGAUGUCUGCAUGGUGGACCCUGAGGCCCUUCUCAAGGACGACAUCAGCACGGAGAAACCCCUCAAGAAAGAGCACAAGACGACCAAGGUCCUCAGGAAGAGCAAACCCAAGUCAGCCUCUCCUGCUCGGAAGGGGGAGGGAAGGAAGAGGUCCACUACCCCGGUGAAGCAGAGCACCAAGGAGGGCAGCUCAUCGCGCUCCGCCUCUUUAAGGAGGAGGGACACCGAGAGAGGCUCUCGGCUGCUCAAGAUGUCCGAGACUCAAGGGUCUCGCACGGAUAUAAACAACCCUGGAAAGCUCUUGGUCAAUGGUGUGAAAAGCAGUCCAGGGAACACCACCCCAAAGGCAGGUGCAGCAGUACCCUCUGGGCCACCCAUCUAUGUGGACUUGGCCUACGUGCCCAACCACUGCAGUGCCAAGAACGUGGACCAGGAGUUCUUCAAGAGGGUCCGGGCGUCUUACUAUGUGGUUAGCGGCAAUGACCCGGGCAGUGCAGAGCCCAGCCGUGGGGUCCUGGAUGCCCUGCUGGAGGGCAAGUCCCACUGGGGCUCCAACCUACAGGUGACUCUGAUCCCCACCCAUGACACGGAGGUGACCCGGGAGUGGUACCAGCAGACCCACGAGAAGCAGCAGGAGCUCAACAUCAUGGUGCUGGCCUCCAGCAGCACCGUGGUCAUGCAGGACGAGUCCUUCCCCGCCUGCAAGAUCGAGUUCUGAACCUCCUCCUCCAGAGCUCCUCCUCUCCCAUCCUCCCCCCCCCCACUUCCCCCUCUCCCAUUCUCAGCCUCCCCCCACCCUCCUCCUCCUCUCCUCCUCCCUCGCCGGUUCUCUGUCACAGGCUGGGUGGAGAGGCGGGAGCACUCUCUGCUCCUUAACGGUCCGCCUCAUCUCCCCGUUAUGAAAGCAGCCUCUACUGCAUUAGCUGCAGUACUAUUCAACUCAUUUGCAUUAGCUAAGAUUAAAUGGAUUUGACCAUCUCUGGUGUUCUAAAAAAAAUGUUGUUUAUUUGUGAUUUGCUUGUUGGUUUGUUUUCUAUCUGAAUUAACUCAUGGGCUUAAGCCACUAUGGAGACUAGAUUCAUCUUCAGUUUUUCCCCCAAAUCACUUUAUUGUCAUACUACUCUACUAGUUCUAUAUAUAACUUGUAGAAUUGUAGAAAGACAAUAAUUUUUAGUUAAUGUACUUGUGUACAUGAAAUACACAAAUCUAUUUGACGAAACAAGUGCCAAAAACCGCUGUUAGUUAAACCACUGCUAAUUAACUUUAGUUGGUGGAAAACUUCCGCAGUCAUUCAAAUCACCAAAAUCAUUCAGAUAUCGAUCAGAAUCUAAAAUUUCACAAUCAGCAACUUGAUUAAUAGGUUUGUGUAUGGUGUUUGAUAUUGUAUUAUUUUUAUGUUGUUCCAAAGUCAUAGCAUAAUUUUCCGUAAGAUAAUAUCUUUACCUUGAUGUGCAAGCAACUGCUAGUCUACAGUGCUUCACGUUAUCGUCUGGAUAAAUCCAUAGACAACAAACGGUAAUGUUCCUUAUAUACAAAAAAUAUAAAUAUACUGUCUUUUGUUGGGCAACUGUAGAAAGUGCCUGGUGUUAGCGCUUCUCAAGAAAUACCAUUCUAAAGUAUUUCCUCGCAGCGUUUACUGCUUAGCUGGUGCAUGAUGCUUGAAACCUAGCUCGGACUCUUUCCGAAUUUAGUUCAGGAGUUGCAUCUGGUUGACAUGUCGUCAUUAUAGGGCCUGCCUUGGGGAACACUGCAGUGCAACAGAUAGGUCACAGCCCUGUUCUGGCUAUAUCCCAUGAAAAAAGAAAAGGCUGUUUGUGACGAGCUAAUGGGAUUGUAUACUUAUAAUAACUGCUGGCUUUGAUGGUUCCUUUCUUUGAAUAGCUUAAGUCAUUGUCAAGGUCUUUGUUUUAUGAAUGUACUGCGUGUGUAUGUAUAUAUAUAUAUAUAAAUGUGUACAUAUAUAUGAAUAUAUAUACACAUUUGUAUAAAUGCAUAUAUAUAUAUAUAUAUAUAUAUAUAAAUUUAUACAAACACACACACAGUCCAUUCUAACAUUACAGAUGUUAAACAAUUGACAUGUUGUAAUGGUAAAUAAUGAUCUUGAAGGGAUCGUUUGUUGCAUUUUAGACCGUGAACAUUUAAAGCGAUGAUACACAACUUUCCUGUCUCAACGACUUAAUAUAGCGCCUGUCUUAAAUAUCACCGAGUGAUGAAAGCGAGUGACCUUGGACCGUAUCAUGUCAAUCCCGGGGGGUGGAUAUUAUGCGAUGGAGUUUGUUUUUAUUGGUUGCUUCCAUUCAUAUGUAUGAGAUGAUGUGGAAGGAGGAGGCUCAUAUGUGCCUUUCAAGUGGUGGUAGGAGGCUGGGCUAUUUUACAGGCUGCACGUCAGCCAAACCUGAACCAGGGAUCGAACGCAGGGUAAACCCACUCAAAUGAGUCACGUAGGAAGACUUUGAGGACCAACCAGUUCACAUAUUCACCCUCUGCAACAUUUCCCACCCCAACACGUUGUGAUCACAAGACAACGAUUUUUUGAUAUUAUUUACAUUUCUGAUGCAGAUCUGUAUCAGUAACAGGAGAGAAGAAUGGACGCAUUUGUCAAAGAUUAUAUUCAAAGUUAUCCACAGGAACAGAAAUGAACGUAUAUGAAUGUUAAGAAGCAAGGAUUUGCACCAAGCAAGAAUGCACUUUUUUGGGGGGGAAGCUGUUGUGAUGUUGGAUGUGUUGUGUGUCAUAGGAUAAGCCCCGUUAUGUGUUAUUAUCAUUAUAUAUACAAAAGUUGGAAGAUAUGUGGCAUAACGCAAUAUUUGAUAUAAAUAAUGAUCUCCACAAUUGCCUCCAACUUAGAGUUACAAGAAAAAUGAAGGAUUUGUUUAACUUUAAAUGAACAGUUAUCAGUGAUAUUGAUCAUGGAUGACCAUGAAUGUGAUCACAGUCCUACAGAACAGAGUUAUGGAAGGUAUUAACAAUAGUUAUACAAAUAAAUACUAAAGAGAGCUGCUUUUUUUUUUUUUUACAAGCCUAUAACGACAUUUCUAUGUCUUCAAAAGGGUUUGUGUUCUGUUCUUAUUGUAUUGUGAUCGUAAACAAGACGUAGUUUAACUCUCUAAGCUUAUACUGUCAAAUGAUUUGUAGUCGGAUCAUUGACAUUUAAUGACUCUAAAAUUACAUGGACAAAACAAUCUUCUCAGAGUUGGCUCUUUGAGGUUAAAACUCAACUUUCUGUUUACAUAGCAAUUGUUUCUGAGAGGCAGAGUUGAGGCUAGCUAUGGGCCAGUCUGGGGUGAACUGACUGAAAUAAAAUAUUGUCACCCCAAAGGUCCUGAAAAGAAAAAACUCCUCGUAAGCUCAUGUGAUUGCUGUUUAUUAUCGUUAAAACAUUGCAUGCCUCAUUAAUAAGGCUUAGGAUCAAUUAACUGAGGACUACUUCAAAUAAACCAGCUUCCAUUUUCCCCAACAACUUACUGGAAGGCGUGUUACCCUGCUUGGCCCACUGUGCAAGUGUACUACAAUAGAUGAGCCAACAUAUCAACAAGUCUUUAAGACUUUUAGUAAAGAUUUUGCACUUUAUUCACGCUUUCCCUGUCAACACACUGAAAUAAGCCUUUAUGUAUGCUAUAUGUGGCGGUUCAGACAGAGAUAUUUUCCAUUAUGCCCAAGAGACUAAGGUGUGGCCAAGUAUGAAGUGAACAAGUUUUUCAAUGCUGUAUGGGAUGUAUAAUGUACAGGGAGAAAAAAAGAGGAUUUGUUAAAUGAUUGUUUUUGAAUGAUUUCUUUCAUUUUUUUUAAGAUGGUUGAAUAAGUCUUGAAAGAGGUUUUAUGUUGGCGGAAUCCAAAUCGUUGGUCUUAGGAACCUGUGACUCCUAGGGCAUUGCUAUCUAGCUGUGAAAUAAUAAUAAUAUAAACAAAAAUAGGCUAUUUUUCUGAAUGUAGGAUCGGAAUAUUGCUGGAUCAAAGCAAUGAACAAGGAUCCCAAUCUUUAACCUUUUUUCCCAAAAUAGGAUGUUACAGAGAGAGGAGGCUGGGCUGAAGUGUUGUGUCGGGGUUCUGACUGGAACAUCAACACGGGACAUCUGUUAAGUGAUGGUGGUUUCAGUUGCAACCCUACCUCCCAAAAUAGUUUUUUUUUUGCUAUUUCAGAAAUCAAGUGUGAUUCCGCAAUGAACAAUAUUGUCACAGUGACAAGAGUACUAACUGCAUCUGUAACAUUUUCCUUUUCCUGAAUAUGACUUGAAACACAUGCAGACUAAAACAGAUUCAAUAGUACAUCUUACAAAAAUCCCUAAAAGAUGUUAUCCUUCGUGUCAUUUUAGCUGAUUUUAAAUAUAUGCUCAACACUGCAGAGCUCUGACAACAGAUAUCGACACAUACUGCUGACUCAAACAACACGACAUUCAAAUCCAUGAUCACGCCGACAGUAAAUAUAAGGAAACCAAUAGACCACAACAGUGUCAUUCGUCCAUCUAACCUUUCUGCAUGUGAAAUAUUUAGUUCUAUGCCUGAAUGUGAUAAUUUGAUUUAAAUAUCUAUUUCAAGAUAUUUUAAAGAGGUAUAUUUGGAAGAAAAAAAAAGCUUAUUGUCUUAACUGGCAUUGAAAUUGCCGAAUAUAAUACUGGGCUGUGCUUUUAUGGUUUAACCUAUGAAAAUGUUUAGAGGACGCUGUACUACUUGUAAUUCUGUUAGUUUCUCAUUUUGGACAUUGUAAUAUUCUGUAUCUCUGUCUCUCUUUCUCUCUUUAUCUCAAUUGUAAAACUAGAAUUACUGCUGAGUCAUUGUAAAAGGGAACCAGCCUGGUGAAUUAAUCAAUUAAAGUAGAUUGAAAUCCAAA